AUAGCAAUGCUCACGAGUAAGUUGCGAGAGAGAAGGAACGAUCGAGAGAAUUUUUUGUACACACAGGCAUUCAGUUGCUCUUUAGACUACAUUCAAGUAGGUUCGCGUCAGAAGCCAUUAACAUUGUGAUCAUAUUUUGUAGCUGUGGCUCAAUAAAAAAUAAAUAAAAUAGCUUUCUUUGACUUGAAAAGAUACGGGAAGGAAUUCAGGCAUCUUAAUGCGCAUUUUUUCCAACAAAAACAAGAUAUAAAGGCAGUCUAUAGUUGUGAUAAUUAAAACUACGCUAAUUUAUUGUUGCAGAAAUUAUCACACAAUCGGAAUCACGACUCUGUUUUUUGUGUUUAAAUAAAUAAAGCUGUUGCUGCAAAGGAUUAAUAAACAAAUCACGACUCUUGAGAGGCACAACAGAAUUGCCAAUAAGAUUGAUUUUUAUGGAUUGAUGGGCUAAGAAGAAGCCAUAGAAUAUAGAAGAAAAAAACUGUAAGAACAAGACAGGCAACAAGUUACAGCAUGUCAUCACUAAAACCGGAUUAUUUUAUAGCAAGCAACGGUCUCCCAAAUAUACUAAACAACAACAGCACCCGGCAUAUGAUAAGACAUAUUCCUACAACGACACGCAAUCGAGUACAACGAAACAACAACUGCCUACAUAAAGACGAGAGCGGCAAGAAUUACAAAAAUAAACAGAAUUUCAUGGAAGCUCGGCAGUCUCAAGGCACAGACAAUAGACAUAAAGUCAGUCAUAUAAAUUUAAAAAAGUCAAAAAAAGAUCUUAUCAACAGUGAAAUUAAGGCAUCAAAUAGUCAUGAAAAUUCAUCUAUAUUCUUAUCAACGUCAUCGCAGAAAAUUGAGGAUGAUAACAAGUGCAGUUGGAAUUUUGAAAGGCAUUCAAAAGAACUGGACAAUAAAUACACACAUCAGAGGAAGUAUGACAAUAAGAUUUUUAGACACGAUCUUCCAGAUCGAUUAGUUCUGCCUCCAUUGCCAAUUUGAUAUUUAAUAAGUUGUUAUGUUAAUAAAGUACUGAUUAAGAACAGC